UCCUCCUGACCAACAGAGGGCGCGCAUGCGCAUUAUAACGCCAUCAAGUCCCAGAGCGUCCAGUAGUCACCUCAACACCUGUAAGAGCGAAUUCAAAAUAUACGACGCCGACUGUCCUUUCCUAUGGAGUAUUUUUGACAAUGCACCGGGAGGUUACAGAUGUAGCUGGGGUCUGGCAGCUGUGACCAUGGUGCUGUGCUGGGGUGGUUUGUUGGUGCUGGCGGCCUUGUCCCGGGCCCUGGGCUCUCUGCAGCAUACAGAGGAGCUUUCUGUGCCGGAUGAAUGGGUCCUGCUCCAUGUCGUGCAAGGCCACAUCGGUGCGGGAAACUACAGCUACCUGCGCCUCAACCACGAAGGACGCAUUAUCCUGUACAUGCAAAGCCUUAAGGGAGAUGCGGACCUCUACGUCUCUGACAAGACGCUGCGGCCAAACUUUGAUACCUACAAGCUUCAGUCGACCACCUGUGGCCAGGACGUGGUGCUCGUCCCGGGGGAUUAUGUUAGGCCUGUUGGAAUCGGGAUCUACGGACAUCCCUCCUACAUGGAGAGUGAGUUUGAGAUGAAGGUGUUUUAUGACCAGAUGGCACUUACAGAAGAAGAAAUCGAGAAAAACUCUUACUCCUCAGAUGAGACUCCUGGUCAGUCUCAACACUCUCAGGGCCCUGCAGACGUGAUGGAAGAAGAGGAAUCAAUCCUGUGGACUAUUCUAAUUGGGAUUCUUAAAAUCAUACUUGAAAUUUUGUUUUGAUUUUGAUGUUCCAGCUGCCAAAAUAACACCUUAAAUUUUUCUCAUUUAGAUCUAAUUAGCAGUUUUUUUUGUUCAUCGUUUCGACAAAGAACUAGAAGUGCUUUGCCUGGAGUUUUGUUUAAAUCUUUUGAGUUGCACCAUCACCACCCUGUAGGGAAUAUGUUGAUUUUUAAUAUGCAAAUUAUAAAUUUGUUUGUGAAAUUAGAUGGCAUAUCAACACAACUGAUUGCACUUGAUAUGUCAAACACAAGUUCUAUUUUGACAUUUUAUUGAUGGAGUUAAAAAAAGGUUGCGUGGUGCACUUGCUUGUCUUUUACUGACCUGAGGAUGUGAAUUCUAGGUUUUAAACUGCACUAUGCAAUCACACAAAUCACCUUGUGACAAAGGUCGUACGGCUGUGCCUAUUGUGAAGAAGAGUCUGUUGACUAAUAAGCAGCAAAGAAUCUUCUGCGCCUGUAGUUGUAAGAUACAAAUAAAAUAAUCACUUAUUUUUGAAAAUU